AUGGAGCCUAUCGUCAACUACAACCACAACACCUGCCCCAAGUGCAGCGCUACCAUUGAGGGUGACGGCAAGACCUGCGGCAGCUGCGGUGCUCACUGCCCCGUCUAA